AUGGCCGACGUCCUAGCAAAAGAAUGCAGUAACUGCGGACACUGGAAACCGCUCAACGACUUCCCAGCCAAUCCGAAUCCCGAUUGCACACACUCGAAGAACGCCUGCUCAAGCUGCUGGAACACGCAUCUCAAAGAAGAGAUUCCCCAAAUUUACAGCCGGAGGCCACUGCGCUGCAUACUGUGUAAGGAAAAGCUGGAAGAACGACAUGUCAGGACCAUUGCUAGCACGGAAUUGCUCGAUCUCUACAUCCACAACAUCAACAUCAAAGCCAUCAGGUCCAUCCCCGGCUACCAAGAAUGCCCUCUAUCGUCCUGUCGAUACGGUUACAUACAGGUGCCCGAUGCCGACGACAAGAGAAGUGACCAGACUUUCUGCUGCCAAAAGUGCAAGAAGAACUAUUGUCUCGACUGCAGAGUCGUGCACGAAGGCCAGACGUGCAAGGACGUUCAAGGAAUUCGGCGUGCAGCGAACGCCGAGCACGAACAACGAUCGGAAGCACUGAUGAAGCAGACCACGAAGAAAUGCCCAGGCUGCAACGCGAGGCUCGAGAAUGGCUACGAAUGUGAGAGAGUGACGUGCACUAGAUGCGGAGAAAGAUUUUGGUGGAGCGCUGACGAAUUCGAGGCGGACAAGGAGGCACGUGAGGCUAUGGUACUGGAACAGUUGGCGCUGGAUGUCGACGAGAUUCUGUUCAUCCAGGCAGCCGAUGACGCGAGUGAAGUUUGGUACGUGUGA